AUGCCAAUAACCUCCACUGCAAAUGGAGACACUAACAAUAGUAGUGUUACAAAUACGACCAAUGACAUACAUUUUCACAUUAACAAUUCCAAUAUUAAUUAUAAUGAUGCUACUGAACCUGUAACAGAUGUUGAAGUCAGAAUAGGAAUAUUAAAGGGGAAGGUACACGAUUACGUAAAUAAAAUAUUUCCCAGUGGUAGCUACGGGAAGCAUAAUCUUGCUAAACUGGUACCCAUUAAAUGUUUAUUUGAAUUUGCUAAUCAAUCUUUUGGUAAAGACAAAUGGUCUAUAAAAAUAUUAGAAUUACAUAUAACAGAUUCCAAUUCAUUUGGUUGCACUUCAAUGAAUACAUCUUCUGUAACUCAAGUUUUGGCUGAAGCAAGAGUACAAGUACAACUGAAUAAAGAAUGGAAGAUCGAAUCGUGUGGGAUUGGAUAUGGCAAUCUCGAAAGUAAAGAUCAGAAUGAAAAUUCGGCAAUUGCAAAACAGAGAGCGGUAGAUAAUGCAAUAAAAGAAAUUUUAUUGAGUUUGAUAGAAUCAUAG